AUGUCGUCGGCCGACCCCAAUGCGUACGACGCGCUCGCGUCGCCCACGUCGCACGCUGCGAUCCCCGUCGCACCCGAGCGCAGCCAGACGCUGUACGACUCCGACCUGGUCAUGGUCUUCCCGCGUCGCACGGGCGGCGAGCUCAAGAAGCCCGAGGACUUUACCGUGCACCGCUUCGUGCGGCUCUUGAUGGGCAAAGACGCGGCGCGCAGCGAGCGGUCCCAGACGAUCGUCGUGGACCCGUUCCAGCGCGUCCUGCGCACGUCGCGCUGCUUCUUGGACGACGGCGGCCGCCACGUGGGUCACGACACGAGCCACGACCACAGUGACGCGAGCGACCAGCAGCGCCUCGAGACGCAGCAGCAGCUGCUCGAGCACGAGUACGAGCAGUCGAUUGGCUCGAAAGACGCGACGUCCGAGACCAAGUUCUGUGAGCUCGUGGCGACGGCGAUCGCUCGACGGGUGCAGCUCGCGUGUGGACUCACGACGCGCCUGUUUUUGAGCUGUGACGCUGAUGAGAUCAUUAUGACGAUCAAGACGGACGACAAUGACCUGCGCGUCGAAGCCGAUCGGACCAACUACCGCCUGCAAGUGAGCAACAAGCCGUUCUCCGAGGUGCUGCACGAUGGAAAGCUCGAGGCCAUGCGACGCGAGAUGGGCGACAAGGACUGGCACGAGUCCAUUGACCACUUGCGCCACACACGGGGCUUUGCUGAUGCCGGUGCCGAGUACCCCGAGAUGGAUCCGUUGCUCGUUUCCCGUGGAGAAGAGUUCCACCCAGAGCUACGGAAAGCACUGGAUGUGUGGGGGCACACGGAAGAAGCGGACGGGCUGUUUGUUGACGACGACACGUACCGUCGCGUUCAGGGAAAUUGCUGGGGUCGUUUCUGGACGUCGAUCUUUGCGCUGCCGUACGAUCCGUUGACGUACUUUGCUCCGUUUGCGGACUAUCGCUAUGACGUAAAGUACCAGCCGUACUAUCGCCGUUAUCCGGUCCGGUGGGGAGAGAAGAAGGAGCAGACUUUGUUUACGCAAAAGGAUCGGCUUCGACUCGCCGAAGGUACCAUAGAACGCCACAUUAAUGCAGACGCUCUCGAGGCAGCUGGAUACUUGCAGGGCCCGAUGUUUGCACUCCAUGACGCAGACGCGUUGCAUGACUUACGACACUCAUGGGCGUUGCAUUGGACCAUGCUGUACCAGCCGCUGCACAAGAUCCGCUACUACUUUGGAGAGAAGAUUGCGCUAUAUUUUGCGUGGCUGGAGUUUUACACGAAGAUGCUGAUUUUUCCGGCUAUCGCUGGCAUCAUCACGUUUGUGUAUGUCGAGGCCCGCCAGGCUGUAACGGGCACCAACGAACAGGGCUACAUCCUUAUCGCUUUCGCCGUGUUUGUGGUGGUUUGGUCGUCAUUGUUUUCGGAACUGUGGAAACGCAAGAAUGGUCUACUGGAUUCACUCUGGGGUCUAAGUGGUUUACAAGAGUCGUUCCGCUACCGGCCUCAGUUCCGCGGCACAAAGAGUUACCACCCGGUGACCGAUGCGGAGGAAGUGACGUUCGAAAGCAAAACCAAACGCCGCCGUGCAUUCGUCGUGUCCGUGUUGGUAGUCACGCUGAUGGUCGGAAUUGUGGUUGUCGCGCUCUUUGGUUUGUUUGUACUGAAGCACUGGAUCAACAGCACGGAUCGUUCGGAAAAGCCGAACGUGAGCGCGGAGUACCGGACAACACUGACGUUUGGCGUGACAGCGGCAAACGCUAUCCAAAUUUUGGUGCUGAAUAUGGUAUACCGAACUGUCGCUCGCAAGCUAAAUGACCUUGAAAACCACCGCACGGACGCCGAGUAUGAAAGCUACUUGAUCAUCAAGGUCUUUUUGUUCCAGUUCUGCAACUCCUUCGCUUCGUUCUUCUACAUCGCUUUUGUAAAGCGCAUUGCGGAGGGUUCCUGCCUGUACAAAGACGACUGCAUGCAAGAGCUGCGCGACCAGUUGCUGACCUUGUUCUUGAUCCGAAUCGUGGUGGGCAAUACGACGGAAGUGGCGAUCCCGUACUUGAAGUACCGCUACCAGCUUUUCUCUGAGCGCAAUGCGGGCAAUAGUGUGGAGAAAGUCAGCCACAACAUCAUCGAAGACCAGGCAAAGCUGGUGCCGUACGAGAGCAACGAGGCAUUCGAAGACUACAACGAGAUGGUCAUUCAAUAUGGGUUCAUCAACUUGUUUGUGGUAGCCUUUCCGCUGACACCGGUGCUGGCGCUGGCCAACAAUUUGCUGGAAGUACACGUUGAUGCCGUGAAACUGUGCUUUGUGCAUCGCCGGCCGUUUCCUCACCCAGCGAAGGACAUUGGGGUGUGGUUUUAUAUUCUGCGGUUCAUGACGUACAUUGCGCUUGGCACGAACUCAGCGCUGAUUUUAUGGACGUCCAACUUGUUCGAAGACCAGAGUGGAACGGUCAGAGCCUUUAGUUUCGUCGUGGCGUGCCAAGUGUGUCUGGUUUUGGCAAUCUUGGUUGAGCGUAUUGUGCCAGACACGCCUCGCGAGAUCAAGUUGCUCUUCGAGCGCUCGGAGCACAUUGUGAAUGUGGUGUUCAAAGGACUUUUUGAGGGCGAUUCUUCGAAUUUGAACGAGGUUGCGGAGCACUUGGACCUUCGAAUUUACCCCAACGCUCAAUGGGCAGAAGCAAAGCAGCAGCACGCGUAG